AUGAACAUCUCCGUUGGAACGCAAGAGAAAGACGUGUCGCCAGAACACAUACACGUCGAGGGCCUGGACGCCAAAGAACAGUUGAAGCACGCCGGGUUGAAAGAGGCUCUAGACGCCGAAGGAGGAGUCGACAAACACCUUGAGAAGAAACUGAGGCGGAAAGUUGACAGACGACUCCUGCCACUCUGCGGCACACUCUAUGCCGUCUCCCUCAUCGACCGACUCAAUCUGCCUAACGCCCGGCUGGCCGGGAUGGAUGCAGCGUUGGGACUCUCCAUGGGCAGUCGUUACUCCAUCCUGACAAUGGUGUUCUUCAUUGGCUAUAUCAUUUGCGACUUCCCGGCCAAUUUCGUCAUGCGGAAAGUCGGACCAGCUUCGUUCCUAGGCACCAUCGGCUUCUGCUGGGGCGUUCUCACCAUUGGAAUGGGUUUUUGCAAGACUUGGGGAGAGCUCCUGCUCUGUCGAAUCAUCUUUGGCAUGUUCGAAGGUGGACUAUUUCCAGGGUUGAUAUACCUCUUGUCAUGCUGGUACGUGCGCCAUGAAGUUCAGGUUCGAUUCAGUGGCUUCUAUGGUGCCGGCAUGCUCGUAUCCGGUCUGUCCAACUUGUUGGCAUAUGGACUGUCCAAAGCCGAUGGUCUUUCCGGGCUAGGCGGCUGGUCAUGGAUCUUCAUUUUUGAAGGAAUUGCCACUUGCGUUGUGGCCAUCGUAGUCUUGUUCUUUUUGAUCGACUUCCCUGACAAAGCAGCUCGACCAACCAAGUUGGGGUUUCGGCGUUUCCUGACUCCAAAUGAAGCCGCUGUCAUAUUAGCCCGCAUUGAGCGCGAUCGUGGCGAUGCCAUUCCAGAGAAAUUCUCUCUCAAGGUGGUUCUCAACCAUUUGAAAGACUGGAAGAUAUGGGAAUAUUGUAUCCUUCUUCUCUGCAAUAAUACCGUUGCAUAUGCAUUCGCAUACUUUCUUCCUCUCAUUCUCCAUUCGGGAAUGGGGUAUUCCAUUCCCAUGACAUACACUCUGAUUUUUCCUCCUUACGUGCUUGCUGCCGUGUGGAUGUUUAUUGCAGCAUAUAUCGGUGACCGCUUCAUGAUUCGGGGGCCUAUCAUUGUUUUCAACGCAAUCUGGACUAUUGUUGGGGUUGUAAUGAUGGGCUAUGCAAAAACCAACAGUGUUCGUUAUGUUGGUGUAUUCCUGGGAUUGGCACCUUACAACGCAAGUAUCCCUGCCAUCUUCAGCUAUCAGCACAAUAACAUCGUGGGCCAAUCGAAGCGUGCCAUUGGUGCUGCGGUUAUGAUUGCUGGAGGCGGGAUUGGUGGCAUCAUCGCCAGCAACGCCUUUCAACAGAAAGAUGCUCCUCAGUACCGGCCUGGCCUGGACACUGUAAUCGCUGUGCAAGUGUUGACGGUGGUUUUAAUCUGCAAAAACUUCUUCGUCUUCACGCGUGCAAACCGCAAGGCUGACCGAGGCGAGAUCAUCAUCGAAGGCAAGGAAGGGUUCAGAUACACUCUGUAG